CUUACUGCAGCAGAACUUCCGGACCAACAAGUACCAGGACAUCACAGGACCAGAGAGCUUCUGGACUAAACAAAUCAGCAGCAGACCAUCAGAACCACCUCUGCUCCUUAAACAGAAUCCACCUCUAAAUGGACCCAGGCCUGAACUGAAGGUUGCUUUUGAGCCCGUCUGCUCAGACUUCUAGACACUCUGUGGGACCUUCACCAUCACAGAACAUUAUGUGUUCUUGGGUCUCCGUGUUCUUCUGGGUGCUGGUCUUCCUUCUCAUGGAUGCCUCUCCAACUGUCUCUACAUCGUUGGACGUGUCACAGCAGCUCCAGAAGGGAGCAGCCAACUCUGCCUGUCCAUCUUGCUUUCUGUCCCAGAUAAAGACCAACUCCUCCUGGUCAGGAGGUCAGAGCGGCAUGGUGGAGGCGGUGAAGCGUCACAUCCUCAACAUGCUGCACCUGAGCGCUCGGCCCAACCUGACACAGCCAGUUCCUCGAGCAGCUCUUCUCAACGCCAUCAAGAAGCUGCAUGUUGGUCGAGUGUCUGAAGAUGGCAGCGUGGAGAUCCAGGAGGACAGCUCAAGUCCCACAUACUCAGCACCACCUGAACCACCAUCAGAAAUCAUCACCUUUGGAGAGCCAGGGCCCUCACCGAACUCUGUGACUUUUGACCUUCUUAAGGACACUGGCUCUGCUCUGGUGGAACAAGCUAAUGUUUGGAUCUUCCUGAAGAUGUCAAGAGUAGAUGGGGUCAAGGGAAAAGUGAUGUUGCGGCUGCUGCGGACUCCUGAUAAUGGAGAUCCUGAUGACGAGUGUGUUUCAGAGAAGAUGGUGGAUGCUCGUCGCAGUGGCUGGCAUAUGCUUGCUAUGACUCACAGCAUUCAGUCUCUGCUGGACAGAGGCAGCAGCUCCCUCAACCUUCGAGUUUCUUGUCUGCUUUGUUCCAAGGUUGGAGCUUUGCCCAUCCUCGUACCAGUGGGGCGGGAUCAGUCUCAUCGCCCAUUCCUCAUGGUGAAGCUAAGAGCCGAAGAGGAAGAGUCUCUGAGGCGAGUCAAACGAGGUCUGGAGUGCAACGGGAAGAUCCACAUCUGCUGCAAACGACAGUUUUAUGUGAACUUUAAAGAUAUUGGUUGGAACGAUUGGAUUAUUGCUCCAUCUGGUUACCAUGCCAACUACUGUGAGGGUGACUGUCCAAACCACAUGGCCAGCAUCGGCACCUCCACGCUCUCCUUCCAUUCAGCAGUGAUCAACCACUACCGCAUGAGGGGCUACGGCCCGUUCCAGAACACCAAGUCCUGCUGUGUGCCAACGAGGCUCCGCGCCAUGUCCAUGCUCUACUACAACGAGGAGCAGAAGAUCAUCAAGAAGGAUGUUCAGAACAUGAUCGUAGAGGACUGUGGCUGCUCCUAGAAUGUUCCUCUGAAAACUUGAGCAGAAAUAAAAGCUUCCCCAGGUCCCGAGUUUGGACUGCAGAGAUGCUUCUCCACAUUGGAAUGAGCAACAUGAGCAGCAGGACCUGCUAUCAAACUGUCUCUGACAUAUCAAAAUGGAUGAAAUCCCACCAUCUCCAACUCAACCUCUCUAAAACUGAACUACUUGUCAUCCCAGCAAAACCGUACAGCACAAUAUCUCAAUCCAGAAUGACUUCCUAUCUCUGGCUCCUUCAAAGGCAGUUCGAAAUCUGGGUGUUGUGAUUGAUGAACACCUGACC